CGGGUUUGACAGUAGACGAGUAACUAAUAAUUUUUAUUGAUAUUUUCGUGUAGAGCAAUGAUAAUUACAUGAAAUGUAAUUCGUCUUUACUGUUGAUAUUUUAACUAUUCGCGAAAAGAUUGAUUUACUUAAAAGGGUAGUGUUAUUAAAGCCAGUGUCAUGUAUCCGGAUGGUUGCUUUGUCGAUAUCCGAUGCGAGUGCGAGUUUAGUUUUUUGUAAUUCUGUAAUGUUAUUAGUGCUCUUUUGAGCUGGUUAGCAUAAUGCCAGUACAGCAGAUUAAUGUUAAGAAUUCGUCGGAAAUCGAGAGUUGGGAAUGGAACGGUGGUUGCGGGCGAGAGGUGAUCCGGGGAGGGUCAGACAGCAGUCGGACCUCAUGCAGCAACUCGAGCGGAGAUAUCUGUCGCAUCUGCCACUGCGAGAGCGAGGUCCACAACCCGCUUCUGGCGCCCUGUUACUGCUCAGGGAGUCUGAAGUACGUCCACCAGAGCUGCCUACAGCAGUGGCUGACGGCGUCCGAGACGCGCUCUUGCGAGCUAUGCAAAUUCAACUUCAUCAUGCACACCAAGAUAAAGCCUUUCAAUGAGUGGCGGUUGCUGGAAAUGUCAGGCGUGGAACGUCGGCGUCUCUGCUGUGCUGUUCUAUUCCACUGCGUCGCCGCUCUCUGCGUCAUGUGGAGUCUAUUCGUGCUUAUAGAACGGGCUGUAGAAGAAGUACACCGUGGACUUAUAGCGUGGCCGUUCUGGACGAAGCUGGUGGUGGUCGCGGUGGGGUUCACGGGCGGGGCAGUGUUCAUGUACAUACAGUGUCGCCAGUACCUGCAUUUGUGUAAUCGUUGGCGUGCUCACAAUAGGAUACUGCUGAUCCAGAACGCGCCGGAGAAGAUGCCCAUUCCGCACCACUCCCCGCCGCGCACGCGCCGCGCCAUCGCGCACGGACACGGACAGGUGGUAGCGAACAUCGAGCCGGUCCCCGUGCCGGCCGCCUACCACGAGGAGGACGAGAGCGGGGGCUUCGAGUCGUACCGCGCCGACCCGCGGCGCAGGCUCGCCCCGCCCGGCGGGUCCAUACCGAGGGAGCAGCCGGCGCAGCCCGCCAGACGUUGCUCGGACACGCUAGUUAGUGUCGCGGUCGAGGCUCAAGCUCCCACGGUUUACCACAUCAGUGCGGACCCGCUGGAGGCGGACAUCCGGUCGCUGCUGGCGCUGGACGCGCGCGCGGCUCGCUCGCUGCCCAACCUCCCCUCCCUCCCCUCCCUGCCCUCCCUCCCCUCCCCGCCCUCGCUGCGCGCCUCCCGCGAGUCCCUCCUCCCCGCCGCGCCGCCCUCCUGAGGCCCGCACCCCCUCCCCCACUCGCACCCCUCCGCGCCGCUCACGCUCUACCCCGACCCCGCCCUCUACUAGCGGCGCGAGAGGAUGAGUGUGGCAGUGCCAGGUAACCAGACGAGAACAAUUACGUGUGUAAAGGACGAGAAUGCUUCCUGAUAACUAGGCCUCUCCGUGUGCUGACCCUCCCCGGACAACUCUCCCAAGUAGGCAGGGCUUUGCGAUGAGAUUUACGUAUUAUCAAUUGAUGUUGACGCUUAUCCUGGGCGAGGUCCCUGUACGGUGGCGAAACGGGUGAAAUACCACGGGUGUUCGGUUUUACCGCGAGGCCGGAGGUAUAGACCCCCAUUGAGGCACGUUCCGCAGGAAUGUCGCUUACAAAUGCUUUUUUUUUUCUAAUACUUCUAAAAAAACUCAAAUAUCGCUAUAUUUGGUCUGGUAUUUGGUUUCACGACUUGGCCAAGAAAUUGGCAGUAUAUUUGGCACACUUCAUUGCGUGUAAGCGACGUUCUCGUGCAAUACCCCCAUGAAUUUGUCCCGAACCUCUGUUGGUAUAGUUCCGCAUGUGCGCAUACGAUAUCAACUAGCCGCCGAAUAAAUGUCUCGGAAAUUUGAUUCUCGCGCAUUCGGGAGCUAAUUUUGUCCUUAUAUAUAUACUUGCAUUUCUGAAUGCGUGAGCUUGCGUCGCUUACGUGGUCGAAUCAUUUGGGGUGGGUAAUUUUCGGAACAUUUUUGCCCGUUAAUUUCUUUGAAUAAGUUUUUUAUAAUGUAUUUUGAUGAUAAGUUAUUUUAGAUGUCCCUGACUACCUGAAACGUCAUCAAAAUAUAGACACUGACGAAAAUGUAUCCAAAGAAAUUAGGCGUUCUAAACAAGGUGUUGACCUGGAACAUGCCUGCCUGCAUGCAUGUCUGCAUGCCUGGUGCAUGCGUGCGUUCUCUGGUAAGUUUAUUUUUAUGUAGCAUCUGAUUCGAGCGAGAGCAACUCGAAAAUAUAAAUAUCUAGAAUAGAUAUCGCUAGUCGAGUAUUUUACGAUUUUACCUACUGAAUAAAAACUAUGUAUAAUGUAUAUAAUAACUGCGAGCGCGCCCGAGCAAUUAUACGGCUAACCGACAUAGAGAAAUCCAAUAAUAUCGUACGUCACGUGAUGUAUAUUUAUAUAAACUUUAACUUUACAACUUUGCCCCAUUAGGCCAUUAUUAUAUCUUUGCCCAUUGAGAUUAUUAAUUGAACUUUUUUUUACAUAUACAUGAAACGAAAUGUUUUUAUUUUUGUUUGAGCAAAAUACAGAAGAAACGGUAGAAGAACGAAGAAAGUUACAAAAGUUUAAAGAAAUCUCCACAAUUUGUCCACUAAAAUAAUACCAAUAAAUCAAUUUAUUUUGGUAUUUUCGCCCUGAAUCGACUUGUUUUAGUAUAACGUGCCUACUUUAGAAAUACAUUAUGGUAAACUAUUAUAGACUUAACGUUUUCUUUAUGUAAUCUUAACACAUCUAUUCUAGUUAUUUAUACGACUGGUACAAGGCAAUAUGUGAAAUAAGAAAGAAGACUUGUGCGAUGGACUAAGGUCAUAUUUACACACCUACUUUAAUGUUAACCAAAACUAUACAAAUACAUGAAAAAUACGAUCAUUUGGACAAUGAAUGCUAGCUUUCUUUGAACAAAAAAAAUCUUGAAGAAAAAUGUAUUGUAAGGUGUAAAGUUAAAAAUAUUAAUGACACAAUUC